UUCCGCGGGAGCGGCGCGCCGUGCGGGCGGGAGAGCGGCUAUGGCGGGGCCCAGCGCCGCCGGCCUGCCCGUCGCCCGCUGGAAACGCCACAUAGUGCGGCAGCUUCGGCAGCGGGACCGCACGCAAAAGACACUCUUCGUGGAGCUGGUGCCGGCCUAUAACCGUCUCCUAGAGAAGGCUGAGUUGCUGGCCCGGAUCUCAGAGAAGCUGCAGCCAGAGCCAAAUGAUGUCACUCCUGCUACCCUCCAGUGCCCCUGGGAAGAGGAAUCGGGGCCUGACUCAGACCAAGUCCCAUCACCAACCACUCUGAGGGUGAAGUGGCAAGAGAAGGAGGAAGGGCUCCGGCGGGUCUGUGGUGAGAUGGCCUACCAGGUGGUGGAGAAGAGCGCGGCCUUGGGCACCCUGGAGGCGACGCUGGAGGAGCGGCAAAGCAGGCUGGCGGCUCUGGAGGCCCGCGCGGCGGAGCUGCAGGAGGCGCGGGCGCGGCAGGCCCGGCAAGUGGACGCACAGCGGGCGGUGAACGUGGCGCAGCGGGCGGCCUACGAGGCGAUGCGCGCGCACGCCAGGCUCCGGGAGGCGGCCCUGCGCCGGCUGGAGGAGGAGGCGCGUGACCUGCUGGAGCGGCUCGUGCAGCGCAAGGCGCGCGCCGCCGCCGAGCGCAACCUGCGCCUCGAGCGCCACGAGAAGGCCAAGCAGGCGCGGAUGUCCUUGGAGCUGAAGAAGGCUGCCAAGCGGACAGUGAGCAUCAGCGAGAGCCCAAACCCCAUAGGCGACGGGAUAAGAGAGGAGGCUGAGACUCUGGCCCGGCCUGCUGAGCCCCUGUCCCUGAAGAGUGAGGCUGGUGAGAAGUGGAAGAGGCCGUUCAGAUCUGCCUCUGCCACCUCCUUGACACUCUCCCGCUGUGUGGAUGUGGUGAAGGAGCUUCUGGAUUUCAAGAAGAGGAGAGGCCACUCCAUUGGCGGAGCUCCUGAGCCGCGAUACCAGAGCAUCCCUGUGUGUGUGGCUGCCCAACCUCCUACCCAGGUUCAGGAUGUGCUGGAUGCCCACCUUUCCGAGGUCAAUGCUGUUUGUUUUGGCGCCAGUAGCAGCCUCCUGGCCACCGGAGGGGCUGACCGCCUCAUCCACCUCUGGAAUGUUGUGGGAGAUCGUCUGGAGGCCAACCAAACCCUUGAAGGAGCUGGUGGCAGCAUCACAAGUGUGGACUUCGACCCUUCGGGCUCACAGGUAUUAGCAGCUACUUACAAUCAGGCCGCCCAGCUCUGGAAGGUGGGGGAGGUACAGUCCAAGGAGACACUGUCUGGACACACAGACAAGGUGACGGCUGCCAAAUUCAAGCUAACAAGGCACCAGGCGGUGACUGGGAGCCGGGACCGGACGGUGAAGGAGUGGGACCUCGGCCGCGCCUACUGCUCCAGGACCAUCAAUGUCCUUUCCUACUGUAAUGAUGUGGUGUGUGGGGACCAUGUCAUCAUCAGUGGCCACAGUGACCAGAAGAUCCGGUUCUGGGACAGCAGGGUCCCCUGCUGCACCCAGAUCAUCCCUGUGCAGGGCCGGGUCACCUCCCUGAACCUCAGCCAAGACCAGCUGCAUCUGCUCAGCUGUUCCCGAGAUGACACACUCAAGGUCAUUGACCUUCGUGUCAGCAAUAUCCGCCAGGCAUUCAGGGCUGAUGGCUUCAGGUGUGGUUCUGACUGGACCAAAGCCGUGUUCAGCCCGGACAGAAGCUAUGCCCUGGCAGGUUCCUGGGACGGAGCCCUUUACAUCUGGGAUGUAGACACCGGCAAGCUGGAGGGUAGUCUGCGGGGACCCCACUGCACUGCCGUCAACGCCGUGGCCUGGUGCUCCUCGGGGAGCCAUGUGGUGAGCGCAGACCAGGCCAGGAAGGUUGUGCUCUGGCACUAGCCGUGACUUCUCCUGCCAGGGCUGGAGCUCGAGUCUGAAGCCCAAGGCCAGAAGACAGCUUCCCACCGCUCACGGGGCUCGGGAACAAGUGGGGAUGGGGGUGGGAUGGG